AAUUGGAUGCUAGGAGUACCGGUGGGGGCCCCGGCCUCCGACACUAAAAGUCGUCGUCGCUAGCAAUUUCUGACCGGUCAGCCCUCCUUUUCCGAUCAAUGGGAUCUUCAGACAAGUUUCACUAUCUCUUUGGUUCACCACAUUCCUAGGGAUCCUCCGCAGUGGCCACCCAGCACCUCCAAUGGAUUCGUCUUCCUCUUUUCUUCUUACUUCUCUCCUUCUUCUUCUUAUCUUGUUCCACCGCUUCUCACUUCACCUGUCCUCGCCGACCUCCGAAGAUCUCUUCGAUGCCUGGUGCCGACAACAUGGAAAAACGUACUCUUCCGGGCAAGAAAGGCAGCGCAGACUCGAGGUCUUCGAAGACAACCUCGCCUUCGUCACCCGUCACAACGCGGCGGCCAGUUCCUCCUACUCACUCUCUCUCAACGCCUUCGCCGAUCUCACUCACCACGAGUUCAAAGCCUUUCGCUUGGGCCUCUCUGCUUCCAGGAGUCGACCACUUCGGGAUUCUCCGGUGCCCUUUCGCGAUGUGAUUGUUCCUUCUUCUAUAGAUUGGAGGAAGAAAGGGGCAGUGACGCAUGUUAAAGAUCAAGGAAGCUGUGGUGCUUGUUGGUCUUUCUCAGCCACUGGGGCAAUAGAAGGUAUUAAUAAGAUUUUUACUGGAUCUCUGGUCAGUCUUUCUGAACAAGAGUUAGUAGAUUGUGAUAAAUCUUACAAUGCUGGCUGUGAUGGUGGACUCAUGGAUUACGCAUAUCAGUUUGUUAUAGACAACCAUGGGAUUGACACAGAGGAAGAUUACCCAUAUCAAGGGAGAGGAAGAUCAUGCAAUAAAAACAAAUUGAGCAGGCAUGUUGUAACAAUUGACAGCUAUAUUGAUAUACCUGAAAGUAACGAGAAAUUGCUACUACAAGCUGUUGCAACUCAACCUGUAAGUGUAGGUAUAUGUGGCAGUGAGAGAGCAUUCCAGCUGUACUCAAAGGGUAUUUUUACUGGCCCGUGUUCAACUUCUCUAGAUCAUGCAGUAUUGAUUGUAGGGUAUGGAUCGGAAAAGGGAAAAGAUUACUGGAUAGUAAAAAAUUCAUGGGGAGCCCAUUGGGGAAUGAAUGGCUAUAUUUACAUCCUUCGCAACAGUGGCAACUCGGAAGGGGUCUGUGGUAUUAACUUGUUGGCUUCGUAUCCCAUUAAAACUAGCCCAAAUCCACCUCCUUCUCCUUCCCCAGCUCCCACUAGAUGUGAUCUUCUUACGUGGUGUUCAGAAAGUGAAACCUGCUGCUGUACCUGGCGCUUGCUUGGUAUAUGCUUUUCAUGGAAAUGUUGUGACUUGGAGUCUGCAGUGUGUUGUAAAGACCAGAGUCACUGCUGCCCUCAUGAUUAUCCAAUUUGCGAUACAGACAGGAAGCAAUGCCUCAAGAACAUGGGGAAUAUUACAAUAGUGAAAGGGCUUGAAAAGAGAGGCUCUGUUGGGAAGUUCGGUGGUUGGAGUUCAUUUCUUGAGGCUUGGAAUAUGUGAAAAAAGCCUUCUGCAUCAGUGAGUCAUUUUUUAAUAUUGAACUUGUGUUACUUUGUAUGCCCUAUCAAAGAUUCUACUGUAUAGCAUGAAUUUUUUCUGACUUGAUUCAAGUCCUAAAGACCAAUUUUUGUUUUGUUGUUGAUCGACAUUUUGCAGCUAUUAAAGAUCAACAAAAUUUGUGUAGUUGAUAUCUCCUUGAUUCUAAUCAACUAAAAUUGAACCCAUACAAUUCUACUUCCCGCAUAUGAAGAUUUUAUUCAGCACUUGAACCUUAAAAUAAUAAAUAAAUAGGAUCUUGAUAUGUUCAUUUGACAGAGAGAUAGAUUGGGAUGGUGAAUGGAAACCAACUUGAAUCAGAUUUCAUUUUAGGCAGGCAACUAGAUUGAGAUAAGGAAAUCGUCUCUAAGAGCAUUUUUACAGUAGCAAAUCAGAAUAGGAACCUGCAUAUAGGUUGGCGCCAUACUCCCGGAUUUUCUUCAUGUCGGAUAGAUUUAACAGCCAGAGGGAUACCAUUCUGAACCUUUGCUGUGCAGAUAGUCCUCUUCUGGAAAUAUUAUGAGCUAGAUUGAAAGUUCUGGAGAUAUAGUCUUCGUGUGAUUUUGCUCACAGAUUUAAGCUUUAAAUUGCAAUCCGAACUAGAAAUUGCUUACCAUGUGUUUGAGAGCUUGGAUUUUGUCAUCAUACAAAUCGAAAUAUAAAAUGCUUCCAAACAAAAUAAAACAAAACAUGACAUUUCACCAUGGCAUGAUUUGGAGCCGAAUUCAGAUGAAAUAUGUAUCUGGAUGAACAGGUUAGGGCUGUCAAUGGGGAGACCCUAGAUCAGUUUGUCUAAAGAAAUGAAGUCACCUGUGUAUUGCAACACUGCACAGGAAGUAACAGACAAAGCCAGGUGAAAAAUGGAAAUUCCCCAUUUGUGAUUUAUGAGUAAUGCAUGCUUGUUUGGAUGUGGAUUGGCAGGCAUAGUCAGCAUGGUGGCAUUUGUGGCUAUUAAUGGUCAUUGCUCCAUCUCAUUCCUUCAUUAUCUUGUAAGGUCCCUACAAAUUUUCGUGCACCCCCACAAUAAUAUCGAGGUUUGAGAUACCAUCACUCUCCCUCUUAUCAUCUUCCUUCUAGUACAGCCUAUGUUUGGAAUGAAUUCAAAGUAAAAAUGAAAUGAAAAAAUUGUAAAAAUUAAUUUCAUUCUAUUUCAUUUUAUUUUUAUUUAUCAAACAAAUUAUUAGAGUGGAAUGAAAUGGAAAUUCCUAUAGCCAAUUUAUAAAAUUGUAGAAGUUAAUUACAUUUCAUUCCGUUUCAUUAUAGUCUUGUGUACCAAAUAAAUUUUGUAUUGUUUGCAAGUUUCGAGAAUGAAGAAUCGUUAAUUAUCAUUUGAUUUUGUAAUAAAAUAUUACUUAUAAAUUUUGUGUAAUUAUUAAAUUGAGAUUAUGAGUUUCUAAACACAAAGCACAAUAUCUUCUAUAAUCUGAAAUGUACACCUACUGCUACCAUUUUUUUUAAAAUUCUUGAUAAUAAAUAUAAAGAAUCUUAAAAGAGUGGCCAAAAGCAUUGUAAGAUUUUCUCCGGAAGAAGGAGAAGCACGUGCCACAUACCGCACACGGUGCGGAUAAGACCACAUCCCCAGUUUCCAAACACUCCCAAAAUCUCUUCAUUAUCCACAAGCCCCCCUCUCUCUCCUCUUUAAACCACCAGAAUCCCAGAUAGGAUUUGCUUCUGCUUAGGAGAGAGCGACUGUAGAAGUAGAAGGAGAAGAAGAGAUCCUCAGCAAACCACACAUUAUGGCAACAGGCGAAAGAACCUUCAACUUCUCGCUCAGUCGCUCUGCCCAAACGCAAUGCUUCCCCUUUUCUUUCUCUAUUCUCUUUAUCUCUCUCUCUCAUUAGAUUCGCACUUCUGGUCUGUGGAUUCCCCAUCAAGCAAUGGCUCUUCCGCAGCUCAUCCCCUCUGCUUCUUCCUCCCUCGCCCACAAACCUUCCUUAAACCCUAAUUCCUGUUCCUCCAGUCACACUCAUGGCCCACGCUCGUGGCCAUCUCCGCCGAGGUUCCUUGCCUCCUCUCUAGGCCGUCACCGCCACUGCUGCCGCCGGAACCCUUACUCCCUCAGGUGCUCCGCCUCCUCCUUCUCCGAGAAGCACCACACGGGAUCUCCGCAGUCUGACGACGUCGUUGAACUCCCUCUCUUCCCUCUCCCGCUUGUCCUCUUCCCCGGCGCCAUCCUCCCCCUGCAGAUCUUCGAGUUUCGGUACCGCAUGAUGAUGCACUCCCUCCUCCAGACCGAUCUCCGGUUCGGGGUUAUAUACUCCGACUCCGCCACUGGCACCGCCGACGUCGGCUGCGUCGGCGAGGUCGUCAAGCACGAACGCCUCGUUGACGACAGGUUCUUCUUAAUCUGCAAGGGGCAGGAGCGCUUCCGAGUCACGAAUCUCGUCCGGACCAAACCCUACCUCGUCGCGGAGGUCACUUGGCUCGAGGACCGGCCGUCCGGCGAUGGCGACGACGAUUUGGAUGCCUUGGCCGGCGAGGUUGAGACGUACAUGAAGGACGUGAUCAGAUUAUCGAAUCGAUUGAACGGGAAACCGGAGAAGGAAGCGCAGGACUUGAGGAGAAAUCUGUUUCCAACGCCAUUCUCUUUCUUCGUUGGGAGCACGUUUGAGGGCGCGCCGAGAGAGCAGCAGGCGCUGCUGGAGUUGGAGGAGACGGCGACGAGAUUGAAGAGAGAGAAGGAAACGUUGAGGAAUACGCUCAAUUACUUGACUGCGGCAUCGGCUGUCAAAGAUGUGUUUCCAUCAUCAUAAAUGAGAAGAGGGUUAGGGUAGAAGCUGCACCGGAGAGGUUUACUUUUUUCAUGGAAGCAUAAGAUAGAGGCGAGCAAUUUCAAGAACAUAGGUAUUGAUGCUUGCUCUUGCAUAUUUCACGUGAAGGGUAUAUAAAUUUGUAAAUUUUGAUGUGUAGUUUAAUAAAUCUGCCUUCUCUGUGAUUAUACUUUGCCUGUUCUGCUAUAUUGCAGUUUUCCUCUAUUUAUACUAGCUGAUAUGAAGUGUAUCUACUGGUUUUGUCAACUUUCUAAACUUCAUGGGAAGUAUAAAUGGACUUGAGAGAAAUUCAAAGGGGAUUUUGAUCUGUUCUCC